UGUAUGCUUCGCAUAUCUCAGUCAGGAGUUGCUCUUCAUGGGCCAACCAAGAGAAGCAGUGCUAAAGUUGGAAGAGGGAUUGAAUAAUAUGCUUAAUGGAGAAUUCUUCAAAGCCAAAGUGCAAAAGGAGCAUCUGAGGAACGUGGCUCGUGUUUCAAGCUAUGCUGUAAACAACCAAUUAGAUAAAAAGCACCCUCCAUUACCUCUUCCUCAUGUGGUAAAGAGAGCUGAGCACCUGGUGGGGAAGAAUAUAGACUACAAUCUAGUUAUGUCUAACUGUGAACAUCUUGCCACUAUGAUGAGAUAUGGCAUUGCUGAAUCACAGCAGGCAGUUUACUUUGAAGUGGAUGAAGGUUUUGUGAAGCAGAUAAAGAAAUGGCUAGCCAAAAUCAAGGAGUAGCUUUUG